GUGUUUAUUUCUUGACUGAGUUAGAGAUGUUACCUGUCCGAUGCCCGCCAACUGAAAACAGGUUUCGAAGCACAGCCUACCUGAGCUCAGGUGUGAUGAGGUGACAUUCAAUCGCGAGAUCACCUGGUGAGAAGCACAGAAGGCUGCUGCGGUGUUUUCUGUCGGAUCUGUCAGAGAUCAUGGAUUGGGGUUCAGAUCUUUGGGACCAGCACGAAGCGAUAGACAGACACACUCAGAGCGGACUGGAUCUGCUGGAGCGAUAUGUGAAGUUUGUCAAAGAAAGGGCCGAGAUCGAGCAGAAUUACUCCAAACAGCUCAGAAACCUCAGUAAGAAAUAUUCCAGACGAGGCGUCAAAGAAGAGCAGGACACAAAGAUGACCCAUCAGCAGGCGUUCCAGGACGUUCUGAACCAGCUGAACGAUUACGCGGCUCUGAGGGACCAGCUGUCCGAGAGCAUGACCCUGAACAUCUGCGUGGAGCUCAGCAGGAACCUGCAGGAGCUGCGUCAGGAGCGCAAGAACCAUCUCUGUGACGUGAAGAAAGCUCAGCAGAACCUGGAGAGCAGCUUCAAGCAGCUGGAGACCAGUAAGAAGCGUUUUGAGAAGGAGUGGAGAGAAGCGGAGAAGGCCAAUCAGCAGACGGAGAGAGUCCAGCAGGACGUCAACGCCACUAAAGCAGACGUGGACAAGGCCAAACAGCACGCUCACUUCCGAGUGCACUUAGCGGAUGAGUGCAAGAACGAGUACGCUCUACAGCUCCAGAAAUAUAACAAAGAGCAAAACAACUUGUACUACUCAGAGAUCCCGUCUGUGUAUAAGAAGCUGCAGGAAAUGGAGGAGCGGCGCAUCCGGAUGUUAGCAGACGGCUACGUGCAGUUCUCCGAAACCGAGAAGAACGUCCUGCCCAACAUCAACAAGUGUCUGGACACCAUCAGCUCCACCGGGAGGAACAUCAAUGAGAAACAGGACACCUUGGUUCUGGUGGAGCAGUAUAAAUCAGGAGCAGUGCCUCCUGCUGACGUGGAGUUUGAGGAUUACAGUCAGACGGUGCGAGCGGCCACAUCGGACAACACGGCGGCACACCUGCCCAAAGUGCGCAUCAAACAGCUCUUCCACAAGAAAAACAAGGUGACGUCUCCUGAUAAGAACAUGCCCUUAUCACCAGAGGAUCUCACUCGUCUGCCGCUGGAUCAGAGGAGGAGGCGUCUGCAGGAGAAGGUCGAUGAUAUCCAGAAGGAGCUUCAGAGAGAGACGGAGCAGAGCGAGGCUCUGAUGAGGAUGAAGGGUGUUUAUGAGCAGAAUUCUCAGCUUGGAGAUCCGUCCAGCCUUCAGCCUCAGAUCACACAGACCGCCCAUAACAUCGCCAGACUGAGAGGAGAGCUCAACAAAUACCAGCGGUGUGUUCUGCAGGGUCAGCUGACUGAAGCCGGCGGCGGGACGCUGCAACACACUCAUGUCAGUCCCGACUACAUCACGGUGAUGAGCGAUCCCAGCGUGUCUCCGUCAGAUAACAUCUACGAGUGUGAAUUUGAUGAGGACUUUGACGUGGACGUGCCCAUCGGUCAGUGCAAAGCGCUCUACAACUUCGACGGCAGCAGCGAGGGUGCCGUGUCCAUGCAUGUGGGCGAGCAGCUGAGCCUGAUGCAGGAAGAUCAGGGCGACGGCUGGGUCAGAGUUCAGAGGGCCAACGGAGACCUGGGAUACGUGCCGGCGUCAUAUAUCCAGAUCAUCUAGAAUCAGCUGAUCGUGUGAGCUGUGCUCACGUGACUCCGUCAGUUUUAAAGUCAUGGGGACUUGUUUUUACUUUUCGAUUUCUUUCUUUUGGUCGUGCAUUAUGCUGCUUCUGGUGAUUUCCUGCACGUUUGCAGUUGUGCAAUGGAUUUUCUGUUGAGUUUGUUAAUUAUUGCAUGUAGAAGCUCUCAGCUCUCAUUGGUGUAACUUCAUUACACAUAAAAACAGUCAAGUGUGUCCAAACGUGUGCCGAAUGAUUGCCGUAUUUAAUAAAAAAAAAUCUGUUCAACCCCAAA